UUUCUCUUUCUUCCAAAACUCCCCCUGCAAAUAUCGCAACCCUUUCCAAUUCCUCUCUCCCCAAUUCCCCCAAUCAGCUAUGGCCGACGAAGCCAAAGCCAAGGGCAACGCCGCCUACUCGGCCGGCGACUACACCGCCGCCAUUACCCACUUCACUGAAGCCAUCAACCUCGCUCCCACCAACCACGUCCUCUACUCCAACCGAUCCGCCUCCUACGCCAGCCUCCACAAAUACUCCGACGCCCUCUCCGACGCCAAGAAGACCGUCGAGCUGAAGCCCGACUGGGUCAAAGGCUACAGCCGCCUCGGCUCCGCCCACCACGGCCUCGGCCACUUCGACGACGCCGUUUCCGCUUACAAGAAGGGCCUCGAGAUUGAUCCCAACAACGCCGCCCUUAAAGAGGGCUUGGCCGAGAGUCAGUCCGCCGCCGCCCGCGCCGCCCGGGCACGAGCCCCGCCGCCGACGAACCUAUUCGGCGACGCGUUCUCGGGUCCUCAGAUGUGGGCCAAGCUCACCGCCGACCCGAGUACCCGGGCCUUUAUGCAGCAGCCGGAUUUCGUGAACAUGAUGCAGGAGAUUCAGAAAAACCCUAGCAAUCUCAAUCUUUAUUUGAAGGACCAGAGGGUUAUGCAAGCCCUAGGGGUUUUGCUCAAUGUGAAGCUCCAGGGAGGCGCGUCGGAGGACGACGAUAUGCCGGAUUUUCCGUCGGAGAGGACGCGGUCUGCGGAGGCCGCUGCUGAGCCGCAGAAGAAGGAGGAGAAGAAGCCGGAGCCGAUGGAAGUGCGGGAGGAGGAGAAGGAGGCCAGGAAGAGGAAAGCUGAGGCUUUAAAGGAGAAGGAGGCUGGCAAUGCGGCUUAUAAGAAGAAGGAUUUCGACACGGCUAUUCAGCACUAUACCAAGGCAAUGGAGAUAGAUGAUGAAGAUAUUUCGUACUUGUUGAAUCGUGCUGCGACUUACUUGGAAAUGGGUCAGUAUGAUGAAUGCAUUGAAGACUGUGACAAGGCUGUAGAAAAGGGAAGAGAGGUGAGGGCGGACUUUAAGAUGAUAGCAAAAGCUUUGACUAGGAAGGGAACUGCCAUUGUGAAAACAGCAAAAACCUCAAAAGACUAUGAGCCUGCUAUUGAGAUAUUCCAGAAAGCUCUCACAGAGCAUCGCAACCCUGACACCCUAAAGAAAUUGAAUGAUGCUGAGAAAGCUAAGAAGGACCUAGAGCAACAAGAGUAUUUUGAUCCAAAGCUAGCAGAUGAGGAGCGAGAGAAAGGCAAUGAAUUCUUCAAGCAGCAGAAGUACCCAGAGGCUAUUGGGCAUUACACUGAAUCUUUGAGAAGGAAUCCAAAGGAUCCAAAGGCAUAUAGCAAUAGAGCUGCUUGCUAUACAAAGUUGGGGGCAAUGCCGGAGGGAUUGAAGGAUGCUGAGAAGUGCAUUGAGCUUGACCCAACCUUUUCAAAGGGUUAUACCAGAAAAGGUGCGGUCCAGUUUUUCAUGAGAGAGUAUGACAAAGCUUUGGAAACGUAUCAAGAAGGUCUGAAGCAUGAUCCUGGCAACCAGGACUUGCUUGAUGGUGUGAGGAGAUGUGUAGAGCAGAUCAACAAAGCUAGCCGUGGGGAUCUGAGUGCCGAUGAAUUGAAGGAGAGACAGGCUAAGGGAAUGCAAGACCCAGAAAUUCAGAAUAUCCUUUCAGAUCCUGUUAUGAGACAGGUGUUGGUUGAUUUCCAGGAAAAUCCCAAAGCUGCUCAGGAACACUCAAAGAACCCGAUGGUGAUGGCCAAAAUCCAGAAGCUAGUGAGUGCUGGAAUUGUCCAGAUUAAGUGAACUUGAGGAAUUCGAAUGAUACAUACAAGAAAAGCUUUUGCUGAUUCAUUUGUACUUUUCCAAUGUUCAUUCGAGUAACUAGUUCAGAUUUCUGACUGUGGAAAAUUUUGGGAUGUAUUGUUUUUAUAUUAGUGUGGAUGGUCUUUUUUCUUUUGAUGCUA